AUGUCGACUAGGAUCAUCCACUUUAUCGAGGACGAUUACAACCAACUUAUUGUCGAAGAAGCUUUAUCUAGGCUCAUCACCAAGAAACCUUCCCAUUAUGUCUCACACGAGGUAAGCAAGAUAAUCUGUGGAAACAAAACAUGGAACGUGACGGCGCUUCAACUUAAUGGUGCUACCAAAAUGAAAGGUGAAGAAAUGCAAGAUUCUUUUAUAAGACGGGCAAGGCGUAAGGACGGAGUUCUGGUUUUCGGCUCAGGACCCAAUUUACAUGAUGGCACUUGCAGAGUCGUAGUAUCAGUCUUCAAGAGAAAACAGCUCGACUUGAGCCAUAUUGAGUCACAUAUCAAAAACAGCUUUUGUGGGAGAGUCGAAAUGGGAAAGUCGAUUUAUGCUGCAAGGUGUCUCGAAGUCGGGGGCUCCAUCUUCCAGUAUACUCCUGCUUUUGAGUGCAAGGCAUUCACUAAAUAUUACCAUAGCGAUGCUCAAUCCAUGAAAGAGAGGACAAUUGACACAGAGGACAACUCCAUCAUCAGAGGGAAGCUUGAAGUGAAAUAUGUGCCAUUCAGUUAUAUUGGAACGAUUGAAAAAUAUAACUUGCUAUACCCAAGGCUGAAUGUCAAAAAUGACUUCUCUUUGAGGCUUGUACAGUUGAAACCUUCCUGGUGUGGGUGUAUGCUGAGUGUUAUGGCUACACGAGUGAAGGUUACUGCAAUAGAGACAACGGCAUGCAAAAUUCCCUUCAAUGAAGAGUACAGAUACCAGGAAGAAGUGCGAGAAGUCAUUCUCAAAGACGAAAGAGUCAACAUUGUGAUCAAUGAACUGGACUUGAGAGGAGACGACAGGCACUUUGAAUUGGAUUCUUCUUUGUAUUCGUGCACACUUCCCAACCUAGGCGUGACGUUCUUCUCCAGGAAUUGCAGCAGAAGGUAUGCUCUCAGAUUCAGUAUAACGCUAAUGUGUCUUGAGCAGAAGUGUACCUCCACCUUUGACGUUACCAUGGAUGUGGUAGUACCAUUGGAGGAGUACAAGAAGGAAGCCCUCUAUGUGAGAAGCAUUGAACUACCGCAGCUAAAGUAUGAGCCGUUUGAAGACUUUACGCUCAACUUAACAAACGGAUGUGCUAAGUUCCCGAAAGAGGUUUUUCCGGGCAUUCUGCCUCCUUUCAAGCCUACUUCUGUGACAAGCCAAAGCCUGUGCCACACCAUAAUAUGUAUCCGGCUUGAGGUCAAAACGUUCUUUUCUUCUGCAGAAUCCGUGGAACUAAUUGAGGAAUUGGUUGUUCCCGGUGACUACGAAGCUUUGGUAGAAAGCUCCCUGCUUCCACCGUACGUGGAGGUGGAUGAGAAGAGAACUGUUGUGGAGUGA